GGAACCCAGCAGCGUGCAGCUGGAAUGGGGGCGACCGUCAUCCUGGAGCCCACGGGCCCCUGCCGCUGGGACGAGCCCGUGCGUAUCGCCGUGCGCGGCCUGACCGCAGGACAGCUGGUCACGCUGCGCGCGUCCCUGCGCGACGAGAAGGGCGCGCUCUUCCGGGCCCACGCGCGCUACCGCGCCGACGCCGAGGGCGAGCUCGACCUGGAGCGCGCGCCCGCGCUGGGCGGCAGCUUCGCGGGGCUCGAGCCCAUGGGGCUCUUCUGGGCCCUGGAGCCCGAGAAGACUUUGUGGCGGUUUCUGAAGCGGGACGUGCAGACGCCCUUGGCCGUGGAGCUGGAGGUGCUCGAUGGCCACGAGCCCGAGGGCGGGCGGCUCCUGGGCCGGGCGGUGCACGAGCGCGACUUCCUGGGGCCCGGGGUGCGGCGGGAGCCGGUGCGCGCGGGCCGGGUGCGCGCCACGCUCUUCCUGCCGCCAGGACCUGGCCCUUUCCCAGGAAUCAUUGACAUCUUUGGUGUUGGAGGGGGCCUGUUGGAGUAUCGAGCCAGCCUUCUGGCCGGCCAUGGCUUUGCCACGUUGGCUCUGGCUUAUUAUGACUUUGAAGAUCUCCCCAAGAAACUGGAGGGCAUACACCUGGACUACUUUGAAGAAGCCCUGUGCUACAUGCUGCAACACCCCCAGGUUAAAGGCCCAGGCAUUGGGCUUCUGGGUAUUUCUGUAGGGGCAGAUAUUUGCCUCUCCAUGGCCUCAUUUUUGAAGAACGUCUCAGCCACAGUUUCCAUCAAUGGAUCUGGGGUCUGUGGAAACACAGAUGUAUGCUACAAGCAAACUUGCAUCCCAGCAUUGGGACUUGAUCUGAGGAGAAUCAAGGUAGCUUUCUCAGGCCUCCUGGACAUUGUGGAUAUGCGGAAUGAUGUUGUAGGAGGGUGUGAGAACCCCAGCGUGAUUCCAAUAGAGAAGGCCCAGGGGCCCAUCCUCUUCAUCGUUGGUCAGGAUGACCGUAACUGGAGGAGUGAGUUCUAUGCCCAAAUUGCCUCUGAACGCUUACAGGCCCAUGGAAAGGAAAAACCCCAGAUCAUCUCUUACCCUGGGGCUGGGCAUAACAUUGAGCCUCCUUACUUCCCGCUGUGCCCAGCUUCCCUGCACAAAUUAGUGAACAAACCUGUGCUCUGGGGUGGAGAGCCCAGGGCUCAUUCUAAGGCCCAGGUAGAUGCUUGGAACCAAACUCUAACAUUCUUCUGCAAAUAUCUUGGAGGUACCCAGAAGAGAGCUUCCCCCAAAUUGUAAUGCAUUGGUCUGUUGUUGACAUGAGAGAUUCAAGGUGAGAUUCUAGUGUUUAAUAAUCUUAUGUGAAUCAUUUGUCCCCUGAAUAACGUUAAAUUCAUGUCAUUGGUAUUAAUGAUGUAUUUUAGGUAACUUUUGGCAAUAAGUAAUUUUUCAUAGUUUUACUAUUAUGACAGGCCUAUUGUAGAAGAUUCAAUUAAAGGUAUACGACACAAAAAGUAAAAAGCAUCCCUGCUGUUAAAAUUUGUGUUUUCUUCUAGAUUAUUUUACUUGAAACUUUCAGCCAUAGAAGAAAUUUAAAGCUGAACAAAUACUGGGUUAAUGGUCCAUCACUGGGGAGAAUGUC